AAACUUCCAAGAUGGCCGAGUCCGUGGACUCCAUGCAUUUCGCAGCAAACAGCAAAACAAAUUCCCCUAAACCCCUGAUAGCCAAACGGCCGCCGGAGAGCCGUCCGCAGUCUUCCAGCGACAUUUUCCCACCGCCCCCCAAGAAGGUCCGGGUGGAGGAGAAGGGCCUGAAGCACAGGCGGCUGAACGGAGAGGUGUGCGCAGGGGAAAAACACAACGGGAAGCAGAGUUGUGGGAGCCCAGCGAAAUGGAGUUUCGGCCCGGCCAAGGCGAGCCACUCCACCGCCGCCGCGGUGCCAGCGACUCCCGCCCGGAAAAUCUUCAAAAUCAGCAACUUCCUCGCGUCGCCUCCCAAAGUGAAAAAGGCGAAAGAGAAGCGACACAAGGAGAAGGAGAAAAGCAGCGAAGCGCAGCGGAGCUCCGCGGCUGCUGUGGAGAAAGUGAGCCCAGCUAGCUGCCAUACAAAGACCGAGAACGGCGACGUGAAAAUGCUACAGAGAGAUCACCGUGUGAAGGAGAAAGACAGAGAAAAGAAAAAGGAGAAGAAUAAAGAGUGGAAAAAUCACAAAUUGCCACCUGUGCAUGACAUUGCGAGAGAAAACGGAGAAGUGAUUUCUCCCCAGAAAGAGUCUAAGGAGAAGCCCAAAGCUGGUUCAGAGGAAGACCUCCUGCUGAAGAAACUCAAGAAGAAGAAGAAAAAGAAGCACAAAGAUGGCGAGCGGGUCAAGGAGAGGCACAGUCGGCCCAAAAUGUACCACCGCUCCUGCCAGACUAUGUGUUCAGGAGUGUCUCUGGGUCUGCCCGAGUUCCUCAGCCGGAUCAACGGGAACAACAGCAGCAGUCUAAUCCACAGCACCGCCGCACCGCAACACCACCAGGAUCCUGCUGUUACUGCCGCUACCUCCAUCUCCACCAUGGUCAGGGACCGGCUCGGCUACAACUCCCCGCUCCACUGCACCCCGCCGCCAGGCCUGCCCGGUCUGGAGUUUGGCCGUCUGAUCCACAUCGAGCAGCAGGCCAACGGAGGGGCGUCGGUGGCGCACGCCUACAGCGAGCAGCUCUCCUGUCUGUCUCCGGCCGAGAUGCAGCGCUUCGCCCAGGAGUUUGUGACCCUGUCGUUCAGCGAGGACGAGGCCCAGGCCGCGAGUUUUGUGAUGGGAAUCAUCCACGGAGCGGCGUCCUACCUCCCAGACUUCCUGGACUACUUCUCCUACAAGUUCCCCAACGCCCCAGUGAAGAUGGAGGUGCUCGGGAAGAAGGACAUUGAGACGACGACCAUGGCCAAUUUCCACUCUCAGGUGAAGCGAACAUACUCCCAGGGAACGUACCGUGCCGGGGCCAUGCGGCAGGUCAGUCUGGUCGGAGCUGUGGACGAGGAGGUCGGAGACUACUUCCCUGAGUUCAUCAGCAUGUUAGAGGAAUCUCCCUUUCUGGAGCGGACUCUGCCCUGGGGAACGUUCUCCAGUCUGCGGCUGCAGAGCCCCACUGAGAGUGACGACGGCCCCAUCAUGUGGGUCAGACCUGGAGAACAGAUGAUCCCUAUGGCAGACAUGCCAAAAUCACCCUUCAAAAGGAAAAGGUCCACCAACGAGAUAAAGAACCUGCAGUAUCUACCGAGAGCCAGUGAGCCCAGAGAGAUGCUGUUUGAGGACCGGACGAGAGCCCACGCUGACCACAUCGGUCAAGGCUUCGAGAGACAAACUACUGCUGCUGUAGGUGUGCUGAAGGCCGUGCGCUGCGGAGAGGACAGUGACACUCCUGCCCGGAUCACCAAAGACGUUGUGUGUUUCCACGCUGGAGAUUUCCCAGAUGUGGUCAUGAGGCUGCAGCUGGACCUCCACGAACCUCCGCUGUCUCAGUGCGUGCAGUGGAUCGAUGACGCCAAGCUGAACCAGCUCAGGAGGGAGGGGAUCCGAUACGCCCGAAUCCAACUCUACCACGACGACAUCUACUUCAUCCCCAGAGGAGUCGUCCACCAGUUCAAGACUGUGUCUGCCGUCUGCAGUCUGGCCUGGCACAUCCGCCUCAAACAGUAUCACCAACACGAAGAGAAGGACGAGGAGGAGGAGGAGGAGGAAGAGGAGGAGGUGAAGGAAGAGAAGUGUUCGCCCAGAGACAUAACACUUCAUAUCAAAGAAGAGGAGGAAGACGAGCAGGUAGAGGGGAAGGAGUGCGACCUUGCUGUAAAGACGGUGACGAAGCUGGAGGACGAGGACAUGGAGGGAAGGGAGGGGCCGCCCUUACAAACUCCGACGACACAGAUUUUCAAGGAGGAAGAGCGAGAAAGCAGAGCCGAAAUGAAGGAGUUGUCAGCAACACAGUCGCUACCUUUAGUCAAGAGAGAGCGAGACGAAGGUGUACACGCACCCACACUAAUGGAACCUAAAGCCGAGGAAGAUGCGACGGAGGACGGCAAAGGAGGCGCAGACACAUGUCCGACGCUGCAGAGGGGCCACGAGGAGGCUGGAGUGGACGGUGCAUCCUUAAAGUCAUUACAGCAAAACAGGAAGGAGAGCGACGUGGAGGAGGAGAGGCAGCAAAAGACACCUCUGCCGGGUCAAGGUCUAAAAGACAAAAGUAAAGACAGUACAUCUAGCACUUACAGCGCACCACAAAUCAAAAAGGAAAAGGAUAAAGGCAAAAGAGAGAAAGAUGAAAAGGAGAGGGCGAAAGAGAAGGAGAAGAAGGAUAGGAGUAAAGAGAAGGACAGGGAUAAAAAAGACCGGGGGAAGGACAGAGACCGAGAGAAGGACAGGGUAAGAGAGCAGGAGAGAGCGAAGGCUGAGGGAGGAAGAGAUGGCAGCACACCGAUGCUGCCUCCGAUAAAGAAAAAAGAGGACGAGGAGCGAACAAGAGAGGGCAGUAAAACCUCUCAAAGCAACCCGCCUGCUCAGAGAGACGAGAAGUGGGCCAAGGAGUGGGACUCCAAAACGCAAACCCACGUCAAGAGAGAGAAGGAGCACGAUAAAGACCGGGGAGGCUCGCAGGCGGCGCCGCACCCUCGGCCGGACAGGGAGGAGGCUCGAGACGCCUGCACGCAUAAACACAAGUCUUCGCACGGGAAGAAGGAGAAGAGCGGCCACAGGGAGGGCAAGGACAGCAACACGUCGCAGGGGAUGCAGGCGAAGUCGGGGAGAGAAGACGGCAAGGCUCCCAAACCUGCAAACAUUCAGGUUAAGAAAGAAGGCAAGAAGGACAAAGACGUGAGCAGUAAGGAGGAAAAGAAGAAGCCCGCCUCCCAACCGGAACACAGACAACCACGGAUGCUCGUCCCCUUUGACCUUUUUAAACCGAUGGAGGCUCACCAAACUUUGGCCCUUUCCUUCACAGACAGUAGACCUAAGACCCACCACCACAGUGACUCUCGAGGCUCCUCCUCUAAGCCCGGAUCUGACAGUCGGACAGUUGUGCCCUCUAAAGGACCAAAAGUAAAGGACUCGAUGCAGGGAAAGCCUGCCUCGGUUAAAACAGCCCCGGAAAACACACACACCCCAAACACAGAAAGACUUCUUAAUAUGAAUGUCUAGAUGUCUAGUCUUCUUUUUUUUACUGUACAACUUACGCCGAGGCUUUGUUCAAAUACUUGGAAGCGCAUCCUGCCCUCAGAUAUCUACUGGUCUUUUGUAAUCGAUGAGCGGAAGCAUUCCCCAUUACUUUGACACGGCGACAUUAAUCCUGUGAGGAUGCGCUCUCCAAGUAUUUUAACAGCGCCUAAGAAUGUAAGCUAAGUAGCUCACUUCACGUUUGUUAGCAGAUGUAUGUAGGCUUUAUAUAAAAUGUUAUGUGACCCGUGUGUCAGUGCCUGUGCACUACUUAGCUUCGCUCUUAAAGCACCUAUUUUAGGUACUGGACUAGCCAAUCUGAAAACAACCGUCUUUACUCCCUGCUAUAGGAAUUACCUUCACUGUUUGGAACAUGACAGCAAGUCUCAAGAGCCGAAAUCCUCUUUUUAUCGUCGCUUUAGUCGACGUUGUUUCUAACACUCCAAAAUCAGAGCAAGUAGUUGUUUUCAGACUGGACUGUUUUGACUCACACAGGGCUGUAAAUGAUACUGUAUGUACCAAAACUGUACAGUAUAGAUGUUAUUAGCACCAAUGUGAGAAAAUGUAUACAGAAAUUGCAUAUAUUUUUUGUAAGACAAGUUUUAUUUUCCAUAGAACUUAUUUAUAUCAUUUACUGUCUGUUUUUAUUUGAAACCAACGUAUGUGAAAAUUUUGUUGUAAAUACAUUUUAUUUCCUAAGAUAAGACUUGGUAGUGUGAUUUAUACUCUGAUCAGAACCUCUCAAUAAAUGGUUCAAAAUGUUGACUUA